AGCAGCUCGAUAUGGCUCCUUUUGAGUCACCGGCGGCUUUUUAUUGACACCGUCUGACAACCAUAACACGGACGGAAUACAAAAUGGAGGUGUCGGCGGCAAUGGAGCAGCGCGGUCUUGAAAGAAAGGAGCCCGACGCCGCGUUUGACCUGCCUGACGACGUCUUUCGGCAACGCUAUCGCCUGAAGAAAGAAACUGUGUGGUUGCUGUGCGACGAGUUGGCCGAGGAACUCGGAGAUGCGCGAACGACGACGCUGUCGGUGGAGCAACAAGUGCUGCGCGCCCUGCGAUUCUUCGCGACGGGGAGCUGUCAGGUCUCCUCGGUGGAAAGCGACGAUCCGACUGGCGUCACCCAGCCCACGGACAGCAAGUGCGUGCGACGUGUAGCCGAGGCGAUCAUCCACGCCGGCACCUGCAACCGGUGGCUGCACUUCCCGCGGACGGCGGAGGACAAGGCGCCCAUCAAGGAAGCCUUCCGUCGGCGCGGUGCCUUUCCCGGCGUCAUCGGAUGUGUGGACGCCAGCCUUAUCGCCAUCAUCGCACCUAAGGGCGACCGCAAGACGUGGUUCAUGUCCCCCGAGGGAUACUACGCCCUCAACGUCAUGUUCAUCUGUGAUUCAGACAUGAGGAUUCUGGCUGUUGACCCACUGCGACCGGGGUCGGACUACGACGCCCGCGUGUGGAGGACCAACUGGUUGCGGCGUCGGUUCCAGGAAGGAUGCAUUGCCGAGGCCGGCGAGUACCUCCUCGGUGACAGCAACUACCCCUUGGAACCGUGGCUGUUAACUCCAAUUCCAGGCCAUCCUCCUGCACACAGCGCCGAGGGUAGGUACAACGCUGCACAUGCUGCCACAUGGACUGUUGUCGAACGUUGCAUCAGGCUGCUGAAGAGCCGCUUUCGCUGCCUUCAGCAGUGCCACCCCCUCCACUAUGAUCCAGAAAGUGCGGCCAACGUCGUCGCAGCAUGUACGGUGUUGCACAAUCUGUGCCUUGACGAAGGCGACAGCACGUUUGACGAUGACUGCAGCAACGGUGCCGCUGACAGUAGUAGUGUUCCCCACCCACUGGGAAUUCCACGACGGUGGUCGUCACUCGCAACCUAUCAUCGUGGACAAGCUUUCCGUGAUGGUGUUGUUGGCCUAUUUGGCACAACGCGGAUGCAGCAUCAGUUGUUUGUGAGAAGGAUACGGAGGCGGCUGCGCCGGCAGCAGUCAUAGGUAUGUGCCUGUGCUGCUUCAGCAUUGGAACACACAUGCCCAAUAGAAAGGAAGGAACAGUGUGAAGAAGUGUCAGUGAAUAACGCACAGCUGCUGCUUUUUAUCACACAAUGCUAAUGUAUCGGCGGGUUUUUCACGCAGCCUUUAACAAUGAGUAGUGCUUAUUACAGACACCCGUGCCGUUCCACUCUGAAAAUUAUGCCUUUGUUAUCCAUUUAGGGGCUGUAGCUAGACCAUGUUAUAUGCUCAGUGGUGGAAUGCCAAAGCCACUUCACUGGCAAGCAACACCGUGCCAGAGUUUCUGCUGCUGCUGUCAUCAUCACUGACACUGACACAACCAAUUCACUUUGCAUAACAGGACAUUCAUUUUCAUCUCCUUGUGUCCUUUCCUGACCAGGCUAUGCACACCGCCUUCCGACCAGGCUAUGCACACCACCACAUUAACUGUUCUGUGCACACCUUUCACGGCCUGAGCUGUUUUGUCACACAUCUGCCAUGCUUUUUUGUUUUAGAAAGGCCAAGUGACGCUGAAAAAAAAUUACACCAUCUCCCACUAAAGGGAACCAUGUGAGGAUGCGAAGCAGCGCAUGGGUCGACUUAAAGUUCCGUUCAUCACGGGCACUUUGCCCAAUGUUAAUGCGUCCUUGCAAGUGGAGCACACCAUGAAUUCACUGUAGUUGCUGUUACUCGUCCUGAACUCUUGUUGGAGCACGCCACUCGGGAGCACGUGUGUUCAUCGCGUGUCUGCAGAAUAUCAUUUCCUGACGCCAUCACGUGAUUGCUGAGAGAGUGUAAGGGGGAGAAGCCACAGCGUCUUACAGUAAAAGCUCGUUAAUUCGAAUUCCACGGGGACGAUGAGCAAUUUCAAAUUAAACAAAAUUCGAAAUAAUGAAAGUGAGAAAAAAUAGAUGGAUUUCGCGGGUGGGGGCAUGAAAAAUAUUUAUUGGUCAAAAAAAGUCGGUAAUGACAGUCUUCUUCUUCUUUUCUCUGAAUGCCACAGCUGCGCCUCUCUGUUCCAGCGCGCAGAUGCGGCGUAGGGAAUCCUCUUCACCCUCUUCAAAGCUGAAGAAGAGAUGCGUCACAUUAAGCGCCUCCAUCACCUCAGAAGCUGACGGGCGCACAGGCACUUCGUCAUCUUCGUCUUCCUCACCGUCUGGCUCUUCAGCAACAGGCUGCACACCAGCUACUCGAGCGAUAAUGUCCUCAUCAGUCAGGGCACCACACACCGAUGCACAGGUGUCAACUUCAACAUAAUCGGCAAAACUUACGCCCUGAAGAGUGCCGCGCAAUGCCACUGGCAUGAGCUCCUCAGCCCCGUCCACCUCGACGUCACAACUAUCCUGCACACUUCCAGCUGCAAAUCCACUGUGGCGGAAACAGUUUGCGAUUGUGGUCGCCGUCACCUGUUCCCAUGCGUGCACCAACAUGUACGUGGCAGUGAGCAGUGUAAUGCCAAAGUGCUUCCUGUCGCCCGCGCACAAAAUCAUUCUCUCCAGCAUGUGACGCCUAUAAAAGCACUUGAUAUUCCUUAUCACACCCUGGUCCAUUGGCCGUAGGGCUGCAGUCGUGUUUGCUGGAAGGAACGCUAACUUUGUUGCUCUCAGCUCAACGUCGACUUUGUGCGCCGAACAGUUGUCGACGACAAGAAGAACGUGUCUGCCGCCCAGUUCCAUUCGCCUGUCGAAUUUCAAUAGCCACUUCCUGAAUAGGUCACCUGUCAUCCAGGCUUUCUUGUUUGCGGUGUACUCUGUUGGGAGUGACCGAAUGUUUUUGAAGCACCGUGGCUUGUGCGCUUUGCCAAUCACAAAAAGGGGGACCUUUUUCGUACGGGUCAUAUUUGCGGCGACCAGAACAGUGACACGCUCUUUGCUGCGCUUGCCGCUGGCACAGCUGUCUCCCUUGUAGGUGAUCGUCUUGUCUGGCUGCAACUUGAAAGUAACGCUGUCUCGUCAGUGUUGAACACAUCCUGUGCCGAGUAGCUCUCCAAGUACUGCUGCAGGGUGUCGCUUCUCCAAGUAGCGCAUGUUUCGCCGUCCACUUCUUUUGCCUCGCUGGAUAACGUGCAGAAUAUGAGAUUGUGCCGCUCCCUGAAACGAUGAAACCAUCCCUCGGAGGCGACAAAGUCGAUGUCCAAGCGCAGGGCGAAAUCGGCUGCCUUGGCCAUGAUGAUAGGGCCGCUCAAUGCGAUACUCUGGGCUCUCAUUUCUUUAACCCAGAUAAUGAAAGCUGACUCCAGUUCCGGGAAUUUCGCUGUCCUUAGCCUUUUCCGACUGGCGCCAAAAUCCUCGGCUUCACAGGCAUUUUCAAUGGCCGUCCUGUUCCGUAUGUAUGUUGACAAUGUGCUCGGAGGUAUGCCGUGCUUCCUUGCAAUUUCAUAUUUGCUCGACUUCCCUUGGUCUACCUCUCGCAAAAUCUCCACCUUCUCCUUGACAGUCUUCGCACAGUACUUGCCCCGCGGCAUCUUGCAACUUUGAUGCGGAAUAAGACGGCAUUGACGGCGUGAACAAACAACCUGCUCGAAGAACAAAGUGACGCCGCUGGGUGCGGCCUAGGACUAUCUGCCACUCCGCUGCCUCAGCAUCCCGUGUAUAACAAGUUGCGCCAGGCGCUGAGAUAGUGGGAGGGCGACGGAACAAAAUUGCUCCCAUGAUUUCGGAGGCCAUACUUUGCUCGCCCUUUGCUCGGAGGCCACCUGAAGC